AUGGGGCACAGAUACCCAGAGAUCUCUUUCAACUUGGAAACUCAUGUCAUUCUGGACUUUUCCCCUGCACCUUCUCCCUCGGAUUGGCUGGUUUCUCCCCAAACCUCCAUAAGGAGGAGGCUCAGGCCAGCCAGCGCAGUUCCCGCGCUCCAAAGGCCCUCCCUUUUCUCCUCCCUCCGACCUAAAGGAGAAACUCCCCAGACCCAGCCCCAAAAGGCGGGAGGCGGGGCUGGGUGGGGGCGGGGCAGAGGCUCUUCGAGGAAGCCUGGGAUUGGCCUGCGGCGGUCUCCACUUCCUAAUUCAUCUUGCCGAGCCCGCGCGGCGGAGGCGGGGCCUCGCCGGAAGGGGCGGGACGGCGCGCAGUGGCGCGAAACCCAGCUGCGGCUUCCGUUUGGAACGUUGUGUAUCCUUUUGUAUCCUCGGCUGUGGUCUCAGCGUUCCAUCCGCGCUCCCCCGCCUGCGCUCGCCAUGGCGCAGCGCAGAGUCACCGACUUCUUCGCCUUGCGCAAGGGCUCGCGGGCGGAAGCGUCGGCCCUCCGCGGCCCCUUGAAGCUCCGCGGGAGCCCCGCCAAGCCGGAGGGGACCCUGGGCCCCGGGGCGCGCGCCCGGCCCCGAGUGGUCUCCCCGCGCACCCCGGCCCGGGCGUCCGGCAGCUCGGCCCCCGCCCCGACGGGCACCCCGAGCGGCAGCGGCAGGAAGCGGAGCCGCCAGGCCUCGGACCCGGACCAGGAAACGGAGGCCCCCCCAGUGCGGCGCGCGGCCCGGAGGAGGCUGGUGCUUUCCGCCGACCCCGAGGCCCCGGAGGUCACGGUUUCUAGCUCAUGUUCAUCCACUUCCCCCUCUGUGGGGAAGGAGGUAAAGACUGUUCCCCUCUCCCCAGCCUCGAAAGCCAGCCUGGAUUUCCCAGAAGGCAUCGGCCACUCAAAGCCAGACCUUGCUGAGCUCAAGUCUCGGCUGCAGAAGGUUCGGGAGCUGACCCACAGAGCCGCACCCCUCACCUCCACCCCGAAUGCCAGUGUCAGCCUCAAAAACCGACUGCAGCGUGCCCGGGAGCUGGGGGCCCGGAUCCAGGCUGGGACUUCUGCUGGCGAGAAGAAAAGUGAAGAGCCAGGGCCCCAGGAGGUGGGGGACCCCACAGUGGAGCCAUGUACGUCGAAGGGCCCUGCACCUGCCUAUGAGCGGUUCCACACCCUCGCCCAGGCCGGCCCCCCGGGCCUUACGCUGCCCUACAAGUAUAAGGUCUUGGCCGAGAUGUUCCGCAGCAUGGACACCAUCGUGGGCAUGCUCUUCAAUCGCUCCGAGACGGUGACUUUUGCCAAGGUCAAACAGGGCGUCCAGGACAUGAUGCGCAAGAGGUUUGAGGAGCGAAAUGUGGGGCAGAUCAAGACCGUCUACCCAGCAUCAUACCGCUUCCGGCAGGAGCGGAACAUCCCCACGUUUAAUGACAGCGUGAAGCGAUCGGAUUAUCAGCUCACCAUCGAGCCUGUGCUGGAGCAAGAAGAGGGUGGCGAGGGAGCCGCCCAGCUGUCAGCUUCCCACCUUCUGCAGCGCCGCCGCACCUUCGGCAGGAACUUGGUGAACCUGGUCAAGGAACACCACAAGGUUUUCCUCGCCUCCCUGAGCCCACCACUGGUGGUACCAGAAGACCAGCUAACCAGGUGGCACCCCAGAUUUAACGUGGAUGAGGUGCCGGACAUCAUCCCUGCCGAGCUGCCGACGCCGCCUCACACGGACAAGGUCACAACUGCGCAGGAGAUGCUGGCCAGAGCUCGGACGAUGCUGACGCCGAAGAUGGAAAAGGCCUUGGCCAAUCUGGCUCUGAAAACAGCCAACAACAGCAGCCCCCCCAAACCAGGGUCCCCCGGUCUCAGCAGUCCCCUGAAAUUAGCUUCUCCAUCCAGCUCCCCCAGUGCCCUGAAGGGCGUCUCCCAGGCUCUGCUGGAGCGGAUCCGUGCCAAGGAAACUCAGAAGCUGCAGGCGAGGAUGACCCGCAGACCUCAGCAGGAGGAGCGCCUCUUGGUGCUGUCCAGGCUGCCCGAGCUGGCACGCAUCCUUCGGAGCGUCUUUGUGGCCGAGAAGAAGCCGGCGCUGACCAUGGAGGUGACCUGCGCCAGAAUGGUCAGCAGCUACCGCUCGUCCAUGCUGCCUGGGGAGAUGGAGAAGCACCUGCAGGUCCUCUCAGAGCUGCUCCCCGACUGGCUCAGUCUCCAUCGCAUCAGGACCGACACCUACCUGAGGCUGGACAAGUCUGUGGACCUGGGUCACAUUUCAGAGAGACUUGCUAGGAUUACCCAGGAGGAGGAGAAGCUGUAAUGCAGGCCCUUCCUGGAAGAUUGGGCUAGCAUCUGAGCACUGAGCUGUGGGUGAAGGUGUAAGGGGGCAUGUGUGUGUCAGGCAUGGAAUGAUGAAUCUUUUAAAAACACUAAAUCCCACAAAGUGAGACCUUUCUACGUUUUAUCCCCGCUGGAAAAUAAAGAUUCUUUGUAGAUGCA